AUGGCGUCUGUUGAAAAUCAAUUCUUCAAUGUCUCAACCCAGGAGGAGUGGGUUGACUUUGAUCAAUUCCUUGACCUCUCACCGAGUUACAGCGAUGAUUAUUCCGCUAACUCCAUCUCCCCGGAGAUGUCGCUCCCCUACGAGGCUGACAUGUUUGCCAAUGACCUGCCAGACCUUACCCAGCCUGGCUUCCCGGAGAUGAACAGUUUUGAUUUCUCGCAUGAUGUUUCCUUUGUCGACCAGUCCCCCGAUAUGGGUCUAAUGCCGGACUUUACUGCGGCCAUGGAUAAUGCCAUGUUCCAUGGCUACCAAUCCUGUGACACCAACUUCGACUUCCGCCAAAUGGUUGAGGCGCAGGCCGCCAUCGACACUCGUGUUGCUUCUCUUAAGGAGAAGCGCCGAGAGGCCGCGAUUGCUCUGCACCUGCAGCGAUUGUGUGAUGCCACAGCCCUGGACCUCGAAUUGUCGUCUGAUUCUAACACCAGCUUCUCGUCACCAUGCUGGUCAGAUUACAUGCGCGAGAGCAUCUCACCUCAACCUACGAGCGCCAGCCCAGAACAGGCUGCGGCCCGUCCCCCGUCUGUAAAUGGCGGUGUGCCAAUGGAGAUGGUCCUUGAUCUGAACAUGAAUGCCACUGCCAACCUUCCGAAGAAGCAGAAGCCUCGUUCCCAGGCGCAGAAGGAGAACUACAUCAAAGCACGAAAAUACGGUGCUUGUGAGAAGCACAAGAAACAGCACAAGAGGUGCAACUGCCUCGAGAAGGCUGCUGCCCGCGCGGGCGUCAGUGAAGUUCCAAUGGACGUCGCAUUGAAAGAACGACCGAGACCGCAAUUACCGACGAUUUCCACCGUUCCAUCACCGCGUGUCUCUGGUGUUUCUGACCUCGGCUCGUUGCGAAAGGUGGAGGCUGUUCGUUCACCGGCCGGUAUGACCAAGAAGGUUAUGGUAAAAUCUCCGGUGAACGACCCGUCAAUCAGUCCGACAGGUGUACAACCAUUUACCAGGGCAACCACCAAGGUUGUCCGCAACAACUCACCUCACGACCUGCAGUACAGCACAAGCUUUGUGCUUUCACCGGUUCCAGAUACCAGUCAGAAAGCGAGAAGUUCAAACAACUUAUCCGGUCAUGGAAAGUUGCCUCAAUCGUCGGGUCUGCAACCCUCGACCAUAUCGACAUCGCCCCAAACGAAUCGGCAGACCGUUGGCUUAUCCCCAUUUCGCGGCGCUUCUCCGGGCUCGACUUCGAGCGACAGACCUACCGAUGCGGUUCGCAAUGUCGUCGCUUCACAAAAUGUCAGGAAAACCGCAUCUACGACGUGCGAUUCCGAAACUGGCUAUUUCAACGUUCCGGGACGAGAAGUUCGGCGCCCGAGACUUACGCACAUCAAACCAGGUCUUCUUCACUGCCCCAUGGCAGACAUACAGAUCAGUUCCAAGUUUCAUUAUCAGUCAGCAACUCUGGGCGCUCAAGCACAAGCGCACCAGCCAAUCAACUUACCUCCGAACGGUUAUCGACCCUUGCCCAAGGUUCGCGACGACCUGUGGAGAUACCCUCGGCUCAACCAAAGUCAGUCAGGGACCAACCUCAAAACUCUUGUCGUGGCGAUGGCUUGA